AUGGUUCCGCUUCCUAUUGGACGAAAGGAUGUGGGUUAUCGUUGGGUGUUUACAGUUAAGCAUACUCCAAAUGGGCCAGUUGCUCGUUACAAGGCCUGCGAUUUGCAGGAGGAGGUGUACAUGGUUCCUCCUCCGGACUUUCGUUCUCCUGCUCAUUCUGGUGAUAAGACAGUUGCUCUCAUUAUGUAUGUCGAUGACAUUGUUCUUACCGAAGAUGAUACUACCAGACUUGUUAAGAAUCAUCGAUUGGCUGAUUCUGAGGGGGAGUUGUUGUCAGAUGUUGGUGAGUAUCAGCGACUUGUGGGGAAACUCAUCUAUUUAUCCAUGACUCGACCUGACAUUGCUUAUGCCGUGAGUGUCGUGAGUCAAUUCAUGCACUCUCCUCAUACCCUUCACCUUGAUGCAACUAUUCGUAUCCUUCACUAUUUAAAAGGGUGUUCGGGCCGUGGUAUUUUGUUUGCCAAUCAUGGUCACUUACGUGUUGAGGCUUGGACAGAUGCUAAUUAUGCAGGAUCGGCUUCAGAUAGGAGGUCAACUUCGGGUUAUUGUAACACUAUUGGUGGUAACUUGGUUACUUGGUGCAGUAAGAAGUAG